UUUACUUUAACAGCCAAUUACGGUUCCAUUAAAUUACAGUUAGUACGAGUCUCUUUCGUUCGCCGCAGCACUCUUUCCAUAUCCAUCUAGAAUCCAACACCCUACCGUUUGCAACUUCCCUUCUAUGCUUGCGUAUGUGUGAAUUUUGCCUCAACAUCAAUAGCAAAGGCGACGCUGUUCAUCCCGACUUUGCCGGAUUUUUCUCCGCCGAUGCAAUUGAAGCCGCCAUCCGCCAGGUCAACACGCCUCGUCGUCCCGCACCACUUGUCGACGACGAUUCCCUCGCUUCCGAUGACACGGAUGGCACCUAACAUAGGGUUGUCCGGUUUAGUAUCAUCGUCAUCGUGGGAGGAUAUAGCCGUGCCGGCGACAGUGGUCCCCGAGCCUUGUCCGGACGAACCAAAUUUGUACCAGUUGCCGGGCGAUGUCCAUCCAACUUAUCGACCCGUGCCGGCGCUAGCGACGGUUGUAAUAUGGGUUUCGGCGACUCUUGUUGGUGUCUUGACAACAUGGAAGCGGAAACUGUCUUGGGUACUACCAUUCGUAACCGUACAAGCCGGUGGUAGUGCCGGAUCGAUUCCUUGGAAAAAGCUUUCCUUUGCUAUUUGCAAGGCAGUAGUAAUGGGAUUGGCGGUAUCCACUGCUCUACAGGACCUGAUACGACCCCCUUCCCGGAUAUCCAUCGAAACGUUGCGGCAGAAAUAUUUCUUACCGUCACGUCUGUCCAAAUAUACCACCCUUACGAUCGCCAACGAAACACUUGGUGUUCAUUAUCUGGAGUGCGUGACAGUGAACGAGGAAUCCAACGGUGCGCAUCGAGUGUUGUAUUGCAACCACGGGUUUGGGGCAUCGAGUUUGAGUUGGUUGCCAGCUUUGCCAGUUUUGACGAGUCGAUUGAACUGUAACGUUGGUCUAAGCCACGAUGCAGCGGGCUUUGGCUUUACCGGACGUCCACACGGUCUGGAAUCCUACACGAGCAAAUCGUCGGCGAGCAUCGCCAAGCAAUUGUUGCUACCGUGUUUGAAAAGUAAUGCCGAGACUACUGUUGUCUUGAUGGGUCAUUCCAUGGGUUGUAUAACUACACUCCAACUUGCUUUGCAGUUGGAUGUUUGCGUCCCGAAACGCAUUAUUCUGUGUGCACCAGCGCUUGGCCUCCGAUCGGGUAAAAAGGGUAAACAGAAUGGCCGCCGCUACCUCCCAAAAGUACUCGUGGAUAUUCCCGCUUCUUAUCUUUUACGACGGGCUGUGGGAAGGCCAGGCUUUUGGCGUAGAGGCUUGUCGGUGGCAUGGGGAAAUGCAAAGCUCUUGUCAGACACGGACUGUUUGCGUUUUCAAUGGCCUUCAAUUGGGAAAGGAUGGGAACGAGGACUCCUAGACUUUGCGAGAGCGCAGAGUCUUACUAGAGAACUGUCCACGGACGAAGAGAUUUUGCGGAAUGUCAUGGCACUGCCCAACACAACAAUUGAUGUGAUUGUAGGUGGUAAAGAUAGAAUUGUCUCCCCUCAACGCAUUCGAAAAUUUCUUGCGGCAUUUCCGAAUAUCAAUAUUGUUGAGCUUGAUGAUGUUGGUCAUGAUGCAUUCGAAGAAGAUGUAGAGCUCUUUGUGAACACCGUUGAUGACUUGCUGAAAUAG